ACAAAUUGUCAUACAUUUCCCACUGAUUUGCCACGUGCUUUUAUGCGUUGGCUUAGAAUUUCACAUUGACAUACCUACCUAUUUAAACAGUUGUACAUAUUUUUCCCGUAAACACUAUUGUAAAUAUAUCAAAUAAAAAUGAAUAUUGUACCGUGUAUAACCUGGGUCAAAAAAGGUGUAGCUGCUACGCAUCCCGAAAAGGUUGAGUUAACACCAAAAGAGUUAGAACAAAUUAUAAAGCAAACACAGUCUAAAUUGCAAGAUGCAGAUUCAGAUGAGGAUCAGAAUGAAAAUGUGGAGCGCAGAAAUGAAACACAAUCACAAAUUGAUGAAUAUGACUUUGACAAAUAUGAUGAAGAAUCGGGUGACAUACAUUGCAAUAUUAGUAACAUUGCAACUUUUGGUAAAGAUGGGAAGGAUCCUUUAAUCACAGGGAAUGAUGAUGAUUCUGAGAAGGAAGAUGAUGGCAUAAAAAGUGACGACAAUCUUGUACUGAUAGGGCAUGUUGAAGGAGAUGCCAGCAUCUUAGAAAUAUUUGUUUACAAUGAAGCAGAAGGUUCUUUUUAUUGUCACCAUGAUAUAUUGCUACCAUCUUUUCCAUUGUGUAUAGAAUGGCUUAACUUUGAUCCUGCAGAUUCAAAACCAAGUAAUUUGUGUGCAAUUGGUAAUAUGACACCUAUCAUAGAAGUAUGGGAUUUAGAUUUAAUCGAUUGUUUAGAACCAGCUUACAAACUUGGACGCAAACCAAGUAAAAAGAAAAAUUUUAAACGCAUUGGUCAUAAGGAUGCUGUAUUAGAUUUAGCAUGGAAUCAAAAUUUCACACAUGUAUUAGCUAGUGGAUCAGUUGACCAAACAGUUUUGUUAUGGGAUUUAGAAAAUGGUACACCUGUUAAUAAGAUUGACUCCUUCAAUGAGAAAAUUCAAUCACUAAAGUGGCAUCCAACAGAAACACAUCAGCUAUUGACAGGUUGUGCAGAUAAAAUGGUUAGAUUAUUUGACUGCAGAGAUCAAAGUGUUAUGAAAUCUUGGGAAACAUCAGGGGAAGUAGAAAAAGUAUUAUGGAAUCAGUUUGAUCCAAAUUACUGUUUAGCAGGCAUAGAUAAUGGAUACAUGCAGUACUUCGAUAUUAGACAAGAUGAACCAAUUUGGAAUGUUGAGGCUCAUACAAAAGAAGUUACAGGUUUGACUCUAAGUUCUUCGUGUCCCGGUCUUCUUGUUACUUCAGCAAACGAUGGUGUCAUAAAAGUAUGGGAUGUUAUUAAUCAUGCAGAACCAUGUUCUAUUUGGGAGAAGAAAACUAAUCUUGGUGCUUUGCUAUGUCUUGCAUCAAAUCCCAAUGAUCCUCUUGUUUUUUCUGCCGGUGGUGAUCAUAAGUCGCACAACCUUAGAGUGUUCAAUUUUUCUGAAGUAGCAGAAAUACGUGAGAGAUUUGGAGAUAGAAUAUCGGAAAGUAAUAAUCAGGAAGAAGUGAUGAAUGUAACAGAAAAUAUGGAAUCAAUGUUACUUAAUAAUAUUGGAAAAAAAGAAAAAAGAUAAGUAAAUAUGUAGGAUCAAAUGAAUGAAUUGUAUCAAAGUUGAAUUCUGUGAAGACUGCAAAUUAAGAUACACAUGUUUCUCACAUUUUACUUGUACAUACAUUAUUUGAUACGAAUAAAAUUUCAAAAAGGAAUGUACUUGG